AAUUUAUAAGCUAUUGCGGUACACUACAUAGUUUUAUUGAUGAGUGUGCGUUAGAGAAGAGUAGAUUGGGAUCAAAAAUGGGUAAUAACCCAGACCAGGACCAAUAUAAAAACUGUUGAUUCAUCUAAGAAGUAAGGCCAAAAAUAAUGUCAGAUGACAGUGAUGCUUUCGCUAGUGCAGAUGAAAGUAUUCAUAUCAGUGUGGAUGUGAACGACCCAGUGAAAAAUUAUCCACAGUCGAAUUUUAAAGAGAACAUCGAUAAUCAGGACUUUAGUAACCCAAAUAUUUUGUCUAAGCAACCUGCAAAUCCAGCGUCAUCAUCGGCAAAAAAGUCAAAUGUAGUUGAACCAAAAAACAAAACUGUUAGACAAACAAAACUACAAUAUGUGCCUAAAAAGUUUGAAAAAGUUAAUGAAGCACCGUUGAAUGCCAACUCGAAGACAAAUCUCCGAAAAGAAAUCACAUCUGUCGGGUUUAGCGCUAAUAAAAAUGAAAAACAUAACCAACAACUUUCAUCUUUCCGUAUUUCCAAAAAGGUUAAGGCACCAGUAAAAUGUGUAAAAUCUAAAAUGGAAAGAGUAGGUUCAAAAGAAGGCGAGAAUUUCGUAAAUAAACGAAAUGAUUUUCCGGUCAGUAAUAAUGAGGAACAAGCUAUUAAUGACGACACUAAUAGAGAUUCCAAAGUGAGCGAAUUCAUGACUGAACAACUCCCUGUAAUAGCAGGCAAUAUAAAUCCCAUCACAUCAUUUCAACUUCGCUCUGAGAUAGAUAGACUUUCGACAGUUGACUCUUCAACAGAAGUAGAUUUCAUAACUUCAGCUACUUCAAACAUCCUACGUGGUCAGUGUGAUGAGAUGAGUUCACUUGUUGUGCCAGGGGGUGUAAUACAAGGAAAUCCUUCAGAUGACGAGGUACUAAAACGGGGAGUUGAAAGACAAUCUGAAGAGAAAAGUGAAAGGAAAGUAAUAUUAGAUACAUGGAACAGUGUUUGGAAUACAUCGUGGACUAAUGACGAUGACAAUGGAGAGGAAGGUAACGACAAUGAACUGAGUGAUGGCUGGGAAGUAGACUUUCCCGAGGAAUCAGGUGAUAUAUCUGAAUCACAGUCAAGCAACAUAAACUGCUCAUUGUUUAAAAAUUUGAAGAGUCUUGAGUCAACUGACAAUUCCACAUAUGGUAGCCAGAUUUCAUCAAGCAUAGAAAAGCGCGAUGUAGAACAAAAGACAAGUAGCAAUAAUUUUUCAUGGGGUUGGAGUGGUUUAUCUUCAUUUGGCCAACAAUUGACCUCUUCAUUACAAGCAACUAGUUUAAAUUUGGUACAAGGAGGUGUCGAUGUUCUGGAAUUAAUCGGACGUAAAACGAUGUCUGUGUUAGCUGAAAAUGAUCCUGGUUUCAACUAUACCAGAAAGUUCCUACGUCCACCAAACUCUAUUAAUAAUUGUCCAAAUCUUUCUAAGUUGCUACGUGAAGCUUAUGAACUGCAUACAUCUACCGAAUCAAAUAAUCAUAAAUCUAACAAACAAAAAUGCGGUGAUUUCACGUAUCAACUAGAAUGUUCUCGUGCAUUACUUCAUUUAGAAUCACUGGAAUUAGUUAGUGAACAAGCCAGUAAUCAAUUGCACACUCGUUUAGAUUCUUUGGCGAUGGAUACUACCGAUAAUGAUAAUCUACUUGAAGAAAUAUGGACUAAUUUAAAUCUGGAUGAAAUGGAAAAUGAUGAUAAUAGUGGUGAAGACGAUGUGGAUAAUCACGAUCGCAGUACUGCUGCCACCGGGAUUUCUCCAACAUAUAAUUCAUAUGCAUUCUUAAUGAAGAAAUUCAAAACUAAACUCCCUAACAAUUAUAAUCAUGUUAAACAUGAUAAAUCUGACCAACGAUUGCCAAAGAGUUUAAGUAGUCGAACUGUUCAAUUAUGGUGCGAAAUAACUCAAACAUCUGAUUGUUUAAACUCAAUCUAUCCAAAUGGACGAUUUUUAGAAGCUGUAACUAAUGUUUGGAAAAUGUGCGACGGCGAAAAAUUGGAGAAGUUAUCGAUUGAAGAAAUUUACUUUCAAUCAAUUUCUUCAUUGGCACAAUUCACUUCGGCUUAUUUAGAAUAUUUACAUAAAUUCUCUGAGUGUAUUUUAGUUCAUAUACAUAAGACUGAUAUAGAUUUUGUAGAAUUAUCACAAAUCUUAGCUUGGUAAGUUCAUUAAUUUAAUCUAUAAACGGUAAAAUUAUAAUAUACUGACGACCUCGAGCGACAUAUCAGCCAAUUAGGAAACACUGCUCAGUUACAAAAGAACUAAUGACUUAAAGCAGUAUUAUAACAACUGAAUAACAGCUUCGAUUUCAAUAAUCAACUCUCACAUGUCGAAUUAUUCUUUUCAGUAAAAGAAAAACGUUAGGUUUUGCAGAGUAGUAGUUGGGCUAUUGUUAUGAGUUAGGACUAUCACCAUAUUGAGUUUUCAUCACCAACUAACACCAGUGAUAAUGCAAAAAGUUUGGGGUUAAGCCCUAUUGUGGUAUAUGCUACUUAUGUCGACAGACAUAAGCAGCAUGUUAUAACAAUAGAAGUGGAAAACCUGGCAGCAGAAAGCAAAGGAGACCAAUUCGAAUGAAAUAGAAAGAAAUUGUGAAGUGGAAGAAUCAGAUAGAGAGUGAAGGACCAUCGAUGGAAGAUUUACAAAUGAAGUAUUCCAUGUAUGGUUCUCAUAUUUUACCAAGAUAUUCUGUAAUUUUGUAUUAAAUCAUAAAUUGGUUGUCCUCACCAAGUAUCAACUGUUAGGCUGUUUUAAACUAGUUGCAAAUUUACAUGUAUUCGUCUUGGUGCUUAGAAUCUUUUAAUUAGAUGUAAGAUCACCAUCGACCUCAGAUAUUAGAAUGAACUGAUGAGAUGAUUGUGAAUACAAUUGUCAGUACUUCCCAAUAAAUCAAUAUAAACGGAGUAAUUACUAAAUGUGAAUAAAUUACUUUGUCUGUUCACGAUAUUCUAAGAUUACUAUUAUCUGUUUCAGUGUAUGCAACCAAGUAGUCAGUACCAUAAUAGCUUGAACUGAGAAAUUUUAGCAUGGUGACUAGUAGGUAAACGUUUGCUGAACUAUAUCAUUAUGUCUGGGCAUAAAAAAGAGACUUAAUUAAGUGUUACAUUUAUUGAUUUGAUGGGCUUUUAAUUUGAUUAUUACUCAUUUGUUAACACUAGGUUUUCAUAAGAAUUAAGUUCUGUUCAUUUACUUGUUCUGCUUUUUGUUGUCAAGGCGAACUAGUUUAUCUAUGGAUAUGAAAAUCUUUCACAUGACAGAAAAAAGCGGCUUAACAUCACAAUUGCGCAAUAAUUUUAAGUGUUGAAGAGAGUAUAUUCUUACCGUCAUUGUCCACUAUUUGGAGUUACUGUAAUUAAUUUAUGUCGAGCAGUAGCUUAAUUAGUGAAUCACUCAAAUAAUUUCAAUCUUAACUCAGGUUCAAAUUAAAUUUCACUUUAAUUUAGGCUACUGGAUAGUACCACCGAGUAUCAGAUGUAUAGUGUGAUUACAGUUUGACCCUGCUACUUAUUAAAUAUCGAAUCUGUAUAUUAAAAGUACAAAUUUUCGAAACAAAUGUUAAGUAAUAAAAGUGAUAAUAAUGAUGAUCUUUAUAUACCAAUUUUUCUGAAUUUAAUUUCUUUGUCUUUAUUUUCUGCAUUAAUAAUAGCUUCUUCCGAAUCUCUGUUGAAGCUCAAGUUUGCCUUUCUCAAGAAUUCAUUAAAAAUAUAAAAAGUUUACAUGUGAAAAAGUCAACAGAAGUAUUUGAACAACAAGAAGAGUCAAAUCCCAACGUUGCUACUACUAUCACGACCCAAUUAUCAAAAAGUCAAUACAUUUCAAAUUUAUUGUUAGAAUGUAGUAAUGCACAAAAUUAUCUAAAAAAUGCAUCAAAUCUUUUAAUACCUGUUCUUCAAUUAGCUUGUUUAAAUCUUAAGUACCCAUCCACAUUGCUCACACAAAAAAACUAAGGACAAAGAAUAUCUACGUUCCAUUUGAUCUUUUCUCAACUUCCAAUGAUUCCCUUUUUUCUUCUGUGCGUGUGUACUACUAAGUUAAACGGUUUGUCCUUUUUAACACAGAUAAAUGAUCCUCAGUCAGUAUUUUAUUAUGAGAAGUCAAUCAAUAACCAUUUAAUUACUGGUGAUGUGUUUUCUGGACGAGUCCAAAUGUUGUGUUUUUUCCUACAAUAUGAUCAAUAAUUUAUUUGUUAAUAUAUUUGCCUUUCUAACUCAUGAAGAAAAUUUACAGUUUCGUAGUUUAGCAUCAGGAACUAAUUUUUGAUAGGUAAUCAUUUAAAAGCAAUAAGGUUCCUGGUCCACAGUGUAAAACUACGAAAUCUGCCCCUUACCUCGUUAAUAAAAGUGUCCGCGAUUGAUUAUUAAAAGAAAACUGUGAUGUAAUAGUUUAUUUGUAGCAAACGUAGACUACUGGAAAAAUCUCAUAAACGUGUCAAAGUAGUUUGCAUCAUUUAUUUUUAUCAAGAAGCAUAUACUUAAUGACGUGGAGCGGGAUCGGAACCGCUAACUCAGAGGUGUAAGAGUAAUAAUUGAAUUGUUUUGUGCGAAACUAUUUUAGUAGCUUUUAUACAUCAAUGAUACUUUGAACUCUACAGUGAACCGCAUUCCGAAUAAGUAACUUAUAACCUCAAGUGACCAACCGGAAUUUCAAUAAGCCAAAAUAACUUCAUUAAAUUUAACAGUUGUCUUUUCUUUUAUUAAAAAUUAGUCAUUGAUAAGCUCAGUGUAUGUUUAGAUGCAUAACUUCUGUUAUCGACAGUUCACACUAACAAUACACCAAAUGAAAAAUCACAAUAUACAGCAAAAACACUUUAUUCGUACAACAUUGAUUCGAUACAUAAUCCGCAAAAUCUAUUUUAAUUUAAUCUUAUGGUUUUUUUAGAUUUUAAAGUUUAAUAGAAAUCAUAAAGAUUCAUAAAACAAUCAAGAUUUAAGUUGAAACAAAGAUCAAAUACAUGCAGAGAAAGGUCGUGCAAUUUUGAAUAAAACAACAGAAAGUAGAAUUAGAUAUAAUCUUUAAUAAAAUAAAGACAAUACUUUUGACAAACUAUAUAUAUAUAUAUAUAUAUA